AUGAGUCCAACGAAAUUAAAAUAUGAAUUAGUUGUUUAUCCAUGUUUAAUUGAUUUUGAAAUAAGUAAUGCCUUUAUUCAUUCAAUCGGUAUUGAUCCAAAAAUGAUUGUAGAACUAUUAAAACGUUUUCAAUCAAAAUUGUUUGAUAUUGUUAAACAAUUUCAUGAAAUGUUCAUAUCAAGUAUUUAUCAAUUGAAAGAAGUUAAUAAUGAUAAAUAUAUACGAUGGCAUCCAGAGUUUGAUCUUGAAAGUGUUCCGGAUAUUGAGCUUGCUGAUUUACCUCAGCCACCAAAAGAAAUCGAAGAAAAAAAAAUUGCAACAACAUCAGAUAUUUUACGUCAUGCGUAG